UACGUACCUAAGUUAACCCCUAAAAUUAAGAUGAAAGUAAAUCUACAAACUUAAUUUUAUUUCAUCAAUAUUAUGUAAUAAUAGUUAAAAGAAGUAGAGUAAAAUUGGAUAUAACCAUGAUAAUAAAAUCUUGUUUUAUUUCUCUAUUAAAUUGAAUUACCGGUUGCACCGUCAGUUAAUAUAUCUUUUUUUAAUUUAGUUUUUAAAAAUUAUAAAAUUCUUGUUCCGGUUGCGUUUGAAUACGAAAAUAAUGUCAUAUGCCUGUAUCUCUAUUUAAGGGUGUAGUUUUUGACUUUGCUUUCAACAAAAAGUUUAGGCACAUAGAAGAUUUUAGUUUUAUUGAAAAAAAAAAAAAACUUUUAAUCUCGAAUUCAAAAAUAACUUUUAGCUUAUUAUUUUUAUGUAAUGUAAUUUACAUCAUUUAAAGCUAAUAAGUAAUAAUUAAUAACUCAGAACACAUUUGUUUUUACAAUAAUUUAUACUACUAUUAUUGUUAUCAGUUCUAAAUAAAUAAAAGUAAGCAAGGAAAUAACUCAUUAUUUCUUCAAGAAACUAAUAAAUUUGGAAAAUAGCAUAUUACAGUAUUUUUUAACAACUUACAAGUUAUAACCAAUCCUUGUAGAACUUAUGAUUUUAUAACAUAAAAUAUUACCUUUUAAAAACUUACAAAUUAUAACCAAUCCUUUCUAGAACUUAUGAUUUUAUAACAUAAAACAUUAGUUCCUUAAUUCCUUUGCAUAUCCCUUUAUAAAAUUUCAAAUAUUGGAAAUAUUACAGUCACUAUCAUCUCGCCCAUUCAAAGCAAAUGACGAGUUCUCAUACAUCAGCAUUUUCCAGUGACAUGAUAAAUAAAUUUUCAGGUGUUCAAGACUCAUCAUGAUUUAAUUGAAUGGGUACAAAACAAAGGACGUUCACUUGGUUACAUUAUCAUCAUUAAAAGAACCAAGGUAAAACCAAGUGGGUGGAUAUCUAAAACUACACUUAUGUGUGAUCGUGGUGGAAUCCACAAAAGCAGCAAGCCCUCUACUAGAAAUACUAAGUCAAAAAAAAUUAAUUGUCCAUUCCAAUUGGCUGGAAAACACUCGAAGUUGUAUGGUAUUUGGACUCUACAGGUGGUAUGUGAAAAACAUAAUCAUGAACCUGCAUCAACUAUGGAGGGUCAUCCAUAUACAAUGCGAUUGUCUGAUAAGGAAACUCAUUUAGUGGUUGAUUUGAUAAAGAAAAAUAUGAAACCAUCUGAUAUUUUAUCAACAUUAAAGGAACGAAGUAAAGAUAACGUGUCUUCGCUUCAAACCAUAUAUAAUGCGUGCAAAAAAUACCUCGGGAAGUUAAAAGAGUUAACUAUUUCAUCUUUAGCCGAGGAACCAAUGAGAAAUAGUUCAUAUAUGGAGCAAAAAAACCACUCAUGCUCAUACAUAAAUCAAUUACCUAAUUUGUUUCAUCGGUAUAUAAUGCACAUACAUGAUGUAAAAAGUGAUGGAAACUGUGGAUUUCGAGCGAUAGCUGUUUGUCUUGGUCUUAAUGAAGAUGCAUGGCCAACUAUUCAAUCUGAUUUAAUGGAAGAGUUAAAUACACAUAGGGAUGAAUAUGAUGAGAUUUUUGGACGGGAAUGUCGGUUAAAACUUCACAACUCUUUGAAUUUUUUUCGUUCGGAUAUAGCUGCGUCACUGGAGCAUUGGAUGUCUUUGCAUGAUAUGGGUAUCGUGAUUGCUUCAAGGUAUAAUGUAAUAUUACAUUGUUUGAGUGUUGGAGACAGUAUUACAUAUUUACCACUUCGGUCUACUCCUCCUCUAUGGUAUCAACAUGUUGCUAUUGCGGUUGGACAUGUUAAUGAUAACCAUUAUGUCAAAUUAGAUUUACAAGGAGGGUAUCCAAUGCCUUCGGUUGUGCCUCAAUGGGUUCAUUUCAAACAUGUGUGUGCUUCCGCAUGGGUUACUCCGUAUAUUAAUAGACUAAAUAUGUACGCACAACAUUAUAAUGUUCGAUAUUAUUAAAAGUGUUUAAAAACUUGGUUAAAA